AUGUCUGACUCUGAGGAUGAGAUUGAAAACAAACUCCGUAGCGUCUCCCAGACUAUGGUGAGACGGUCUGUGUUUAAAAUCACGCAGUGUGUGGAGGACAGUGUCGGGAGUGAAAUGGCGCAGCUGAAGAAGGAAAACGAGACCCUGAAGUGGAGAUUGCAGCUGUGGGAGAAGGAGUCGGGAGCAGGAGGAGAUCGGGGACAGACACAUCAUGUUCGAUACACGCUUCCGUGGGAAGUCACUGCAGGAAUAAAAGAAGAAAUGGACACGAAACUGGAGCUCUCAGGCUCAGAGGCCAGUGCUCUCCCUGAUGCUGGGGAAAGGGCUCCUUUUGAACAGCAGCACAAUGAGGAGGAGUGGGGGUCCAGUCUGAUGCAGGAGACAGAGCUCACUGCUGCAGAAGGGAAAGAGAAACGCAGUGAGCAGCACACAGAGAGCAGACAGAGUGUCGAGGAUCUGGACUCUGUGCCCAUGAUGAAGAUAGAACCUGAGAAACUUAAAGAAGAACUGAGUGAGUUUAAUCUUACAGAGCAGGACAUAGAGCCCCAGUUGAUUGACCCUGCAGAACUGGAGAAGGAGCCCCAGGUGAUUCACACUGCUGAGCAGCACACUAAGGGACACAAUGGGGAAAACAAAUCUCAGUUUCAGUACACAGAGCAAGACCAUUCCAUGGAGCAUUUGCAGAAUAAGAGACCCCAGCACGAUCAGAGGAUGAGGAAGAAUCACUCAAGGCGUUGCUCAGAUGGAGUGGACAAACUGCCAUUACGGCACAGGGAGGAGCAGCGUUUCUGUCAGUCUAGCAUUUCAAAACCCUACCAGCACCUUCACACAGGAGAGAGACCAUUCAGCUGCAGUCAGUGUGUGAAGAGAUUUAGAGACUCAAGUGCCUUAAGAGUCCACCAGCGCAUUCACACAGGAGAGAGACCAUUCAGCUGCAGUCAGUGUGGUAGGAGUUUUAGUCAGUCAAGUCACUUAAAAAGACACCAGCGCAUUCACACAGGAGAGAGACCAUUCAGCUGCAGUCAGUGUGGGAAAAGUUUUAGUGCUUCAAGUCACUUAAAAACACACCAGCAUAUUCAUGCAGGAGAGAGACUAUUUACAUGCAGUCAGUGUGGGAAGAGUUUUAGAAACUCAAGUAACUUAAGAACCCACCAGCGUAUUCACACAGGAGAGAGACCAUUCAGCUGCAUUCAGUGUGGGAAGAAGUUUAUUAGGAUAAACCACUUACAAACACACCAGCGCAUUCACACAGGAGAGAGACCAUUCAGCUGCAGUCAGUGUGGGAAGAGCUUUAGUGACUCAAGUACGUUAAGAGCCCACCAGCGUAUUCACACAGGAGAGAAACCAUUCAGCUGCAGUCAGUGUGGGAAGAGUUUUAGUCAGUCAAGUACCUUAAGAGCCCACCAGGAUGUUCACACAGGAGAGAGGCCAUUUAGUUGCAGUCAGCGUGGGAAAAGUUUUAGUGACUGA